AUGAACUACGGCGCCUUCAUGGACUCCACCCUUUGCUCUGCCGUCCGGCAUCUGCACGAGACGGAGACGCUGAUGCAUAUCGUGCAAGACUACCGGGAGCGAGCCCGGAGGCAUCAGCGGGGGCACGAGGAGGCCGAGGCAAGGUGCCUGGCGUCCGAGGCCGAGCGCCAGGCGCUCCAAGCAAGGGUGGGAGCGGCUGAGGACGAGGUUCGAGCUCUGACCGCCGAGCUCGAAGAGGAGAAGGGCGCGCACACGUUGGCGAGAUCUGAAGUGCGCGCCGUGGAGGCUCGUUUGGCCGAGUCCGAGCUGGCGCUGGCCACCCACGAGCAAGAGGUGGGGAACGCCCGCCUCAAAACCUUAGAGCUCGAGCGGGAAAUAAAAAACCUCGAGCGGAAAGCCGCGUACCACGAGGCUCGGGAGCAAGAGGCUCGGGAGCAGGCCCAAGACGCGCUUGACUUGUGCUUUGAUUUGAUUUUCGGUUGA